AAGGAAAACUGCUUAGGGGACUUAGGGCUUGUCCGGGAGCACAGAUCGGAGAGAAAGGGGAAGCUAGCUUGGCCUGCUUGGGCUUGGUCUCUACUUGAGAGUUGAGAAGGCAAUUGAUCAGCCUGCAACACAGAGAAGAGGUUUUCUUCUUCUUCUUCUUCUUCACGCAGCCACAGACUUACUGAUGUAGAUGUUACUGCGUACCCUGCAGAAAUUGGAGACCUUCAUUGGAGCUUACUAGAAGCUCUCUUUGAAAGAUGUGGUGUUUGAAUACCAAAUAACUGAAUCCGCGUAAGGAAACCUGGUAGGCAAACCCCUCAACAUCUGAUGCUGAUGCUGAAUGCCGUAUGCCCGAGACUUGCUGCAAGUAUGAGAGCACCUGCAAUUUCUUGGUUUUCAAUGCCAUUGUCAGAGAAAUUUUCUUUGGGGCUGUUGGAGAAGAUAGCGACCGUCAGAGGAGCACUCUUCUUGCAGUUACUGGUCUGCAAUUUCUGGGUUUUCAACACCAUUGCAGUAGAAUUAUAACCAGUGUAGAGAAGGGUCAAAUACAGAUUUGGUUUCAGAUCAAAACAGGAAUGGAUCCCAAUGUGUCUCAAAUUCGAAAUGGCAACACAAAUGAAAAAGGAAAAAAUGUAAUGUGGAGGAAUGAAAUGGAUCGUUGUCUGACAAAAACACUUGCAGAGCAAGUGAAAAAGGGAAAUAAAAUAGAUAAAAAUUUAACUUCUUCUGCAUAUACAGCUGCUGUUUCUGCAUUAAACAAAAAUUUUGGACUUGAUUUGACAAAAGAGCACAUUAGGAAUCGGCUCAAAACUUUGAAGAAACAGUAUGGUAUUUUAAAGGAUCUGCUUUCUCAAAAUGGUUUUGAGUGGGAUGAGAAAAGGAAGAUGGUGAUUGCAAAUGAUUCUGUAUGGAAUGACUACAUCAAGGUGCACCCAGAUGCCAGGGCUUUCCGAGCAAGAUUCAUUGAAUAUUAUAACGAGUUGUGUAUUAUCCUGGGCAAUGAUUAUGUUCCUGUAACCUAUUACAGAACCAAUGUGGAUGUUGUGGAUUUGAGUGCUGACAACGAGGGUAUAGUGGCCACUGAUACAUCUCACAUUCAUAGUAGCAAAACAAAGGACAAAGGUAAAUACAUUGUGUGGACAGAUGAAAUGGAUCAUUGCCUUUCUAAGAUUCUUGUAGAGGAAGCAAAAAAACAGGGUAACAUAAAAGACCAAAAUUUGAGGCACAUGGCAUAUGAGGUUGCUCUUAUGGCUCUAAAUGAAAAAUUUGCACUUGACUUGACAAAGGACCACAUUAGGAAUCGGCUUAAAACUUGGAAGAAACAAUAUGGAGUUCUAAAAGAACUACUUUCUCAUAGUGAGUUCAAAUGGGAUGAGACACGAAAGAUGGUUUUUGCAAGUGAUUCUGCUUGGAAUGAUUACAUCAAGAUACACCCUGAUGCCAAAGCCUUCCGAGCAAGGCACAUUGGAAACUAUAAUGAGUUGUGCAUUAUCAUGGGCAAUGAGCAGGCAGUUGAAAGUUGUUCCAAACCCAAUGAGGAAGUUGAUAUGGACUUUGCUACUGAUUAUGAGGGUAUUGAGACAGUUGAUGCAUCUCAGACUCACAGUGAAGAUGCAAAAGAGAAGGGGCGGUACUUAGUGUGGACUAAUGAAAUGGACCGCUGUCUGGCUGUGACACUUGCAGACCAAGUUAAACAGGGGAAUAAAAGGCAUAAAGUUUUAAAACAUGCAGCAUAUAUGGCUGCUGUUAGAGCUUUAAAUGAAAGAUUUGCACUUGACCUGACAAAAGAUCAUGUUAGGAAUCGGCUUAAAACAUGGAAGAAACAGUAUGCUGUUCUGAAGGAACUGCUCUCUCAGAGUGGCUUCCACUGGAACGAAACACAGAAGAUGGUUGUUGCAAAUGACUCUGUUUGGAAUGACUAUAUUAAGGCACACCCAGAUGCCAGGUAUCUCCGAGCAAGAUCCGUAGAAAACUAUGAUGAGUUGUGCAUUAUCUUUGGCAAUGGGCAAGCAAAUGGAAAUUAUUCUAGAGAUAUUUCCAAAGUUGAUGUGGGCUUGAGUCCUGACAGUGACGACCUGGAGAUUCCUGAUCGGUGUUUGUCAGCAGAUGAUGAUGUCAGUAAUGACAACAUAGAUGAGGGAAUGGAAGUUUCGUCUCAGCAGACUAGAGCUCGACCAGAUUUAUUGUCACGAUCCAAAAGACCUGUAAAGAGGAAACGGACUGUUGAUAUGAUGGUAGAAACAAUGAAUGCUAUGGCUACAAAUAUUGGUCGGAUAGCUGAUGCUCUAGAGCAAAGCAGCAAGACUGUAGGUUUGGAUGAGUUAUUUGAGUUGGUCAAGAAAAUUCCAGGUUUUGGCGAUGAUCUCGUUAUUGAAGCUUGUGAAUUUCUGGCUUUUGAUGAGAGGAGGGCAAAAUUGUUCCUCAAACUUGAUGAGAGGUUGAGAAAAAUUUGGCUGUUAAAACGUUUACGUGGUUAGAAUGGUUUUGAUAAUUCUGUAUGGGUUGGUUUAUAAUGUUGGAGAUGUAUGUUCGGCUUUAUUAAGUUGAUAUCUCGAAGGCCCUCUAAACAGGUGCUACCUUUUUUUCCUUGUCUC